CACGCCAUCUAGAGGAACAACUCUGGCAUUCUUACAAGAAACCCUGUUUCAUACACGCACACAGGUAUUUUUGGCAGAUCACUCUGGAGAAGAUUUACUGAAAUAGCCACUCGCUGACGACACCAGUGGCCAAAAGGAGGAGACGUUUGCAGAGGACGCCAGAAAUAAAGGAGGAGGAUGUCCGUGAUCAGCGCCUUGCCUUUCCUGAAGCCCAUUCACCUGCAGCCUCUACGGAGCUCCCCGGGCCGCCAGCGCCGCCACACGCUGCCUGCUAGCGAAUUCCGGUGCCUCUCCCCCGAGGAUGCAAUCAGCGUAUUUGAGAUUGAGAGAGAAGCAUUUAUCUCGGUUUCCGGCGACUGCCCCCUUCACAUGGAUGAAAUUCGCCACUUCCUGAACCUGUGCCCCGAGCUUUCGCUCGGCUGGUUUGAAGAAGGCCGGCUCGUGGCUUUCAUUAUUGGAUCCCUCUGGGACCAGGAAAAACUCAGCCAGGACGCACUGACUCUGCACAAGCCCGGUGGCACCACGGUGCACAUCCAUGCGCUGGCCGUGCACCGCACCUUCCGCCAGCAGGGCAAGGGCUCCAUCCUGAUGUGGCGCUACCUGCAGUACCUCCGCUGCCUGCCCUACGUGCGGCGGGCCGUGCUGAUGUGCGAGGACUUUCUCAUCCCCUUCUACGAGAAGUGCGGCUUCAGGGUGCUGGGCCCCUGCCAGGUCACUGUGGGCUCGCUGGCUUUCAUAGAGAUGCAGUACCCCGUGCGGGGCCACGCCUUCAUGCGCAGAAACAGCGGCUGCUGAGAUGGCUCCUUCCCCAGCUUCAAUGCUUCUCAGGCAAUGGUGGGGCAGAGACCCAAGUCCAGAAAGACAGAGCUGAGCAGCAGUAGCUGCUCUCUGUACGAGCAGACCCCGACUUGCUGCUGACUUGUGUCCCAUGUCCCAGUUGGCUGCCUUUUAUCUAAGGACUCCAGGCCCAUCCCACUGGCCUCCACACUGGUCCCAGCUGUCACUUACAGAUGUGGAGCAAAAGGCACCAGAAUCACCCAGGCCUCUUGUCCAGCCCACAGCUCAGCCGGCAGGUUGCCUACAGCUACUGCUGCUGAAUUUGACCUCCCCUGGAUAGCUCCUGGCUUUAAAAGUGGCAACGGGGGGAGGUGGGGGGAGGGAAGAGGGUGACAAAGCUCCAAUAGCAUGUUAUGCUGUUCAAAAGGGGGAAAACAUUGCCUGAGAAGCUGCACCGCCUGGAUCAGUUCAUGGAUUCUGUGUUUUUGUUCUUUGUCAAAUGUUCCAACGCCAACGCCACAAGGCAGGGCACAUGCUCCACUGUGGCCACCUCUCAUGCUCUCUGCUGGGAAAAGCUGUCCACGCCUUCUCUCACUAGCUGCUCGCUGCCAUAUUCUGCUGUGAUGCAUUUAAUGGAAUCCGUGCUCACGCCUUCUGUACAUAUGUAAGAUACAUUCUGCUCUGCUAGGCUCCAGCAAGCCUCCCCUGCCUCGCCUUCCUACUGUUACAGGCUGACAACUAGUGGAAGCGUGAGAAUGCUACAUUAUUAUGAGACCAGUGAUGGCACCCAUCACUGCUCCAACAGACUAGGGCACCAACUUCCAACCCAACAUAGGAGAUGCGGUCCAAAAUCCACAGCGUGUACACAGUCUAAGGAAAGCCAAAUAGGGCGUGGAGCAAAUGCUCUCUAAGAAGCCCAGUAAGGCGACUUCAUCACUAGAUAGACAUCCCCAUCAACUCCCAUCUCCAAAGAGUUAUAAGGGGUAGAAUUCUCAACAGACCUUUUAAGGUACCUUUGUGGUCCCUAUCUAGAGAAAUCCAAAGCACCAAUGAAAAGUCAUACACGUCAAAUUAAUCCAAUAAGCAUGCAAGGGUUUGCAAAAUCCCAAAGUGGCAACAUCACUUGGUUUAUUUCUUAAAAACAAGGAGGGUAGGUACAUCAUCCUUCGUGGACCAGUGCUGUGUGUAGACCAGAGCUCCUAGCUUAUGCCAUCCUAGUUCACUGGAAAUAUGAAAGUUCCCGGGGCACACUGUGCGCUGUUUGUCAGUUCUUUUGUUAAUCAGCAAAUAAAGAGUUUAUUUGUUGUGUUUUCUAAUUGGGUUGUGUGUGUUUUCCUGGUCACUUGUCCUACCUGGACUUAAGAUUUCAUUCAGAACAGUUUUCAACGGAAUUCAACAGCCUGCACCAGAGUGGCACAAAGGGAGUGGCAGUUUGCUUUGCACAUUUGAGAGGCUACAUCCAAAAGCCAGUGGCCCACAAAGCAUCUUCCCCCUUUUAGCUAUGGGAAGGUUGGAAAUAUCCAACAUGAAUGCACAAGGGACAGAGGAUUUUAAAGCCCCCAAUAACCUGAGAGAUUAUUGCUGCUGGGAUCAUGUGGAAUAACAGCCCUGCACUCUCUAGUUUGGGCUCUCACAGAGCCUAGGAGGCCAUCAUCGAGAGAUGUGCUGCCUUUCUUUUCCACAGAGCCCCAUCUGCUUUCCAAGGAUGCUCAGCACCUUCCUAUCCACCCUUCGCAAGAAAAGCCAGGUCACUUGUCCUGCCUGGACCUAGACUUCAUUCAGAACAGAGUUUUAAACCAACCUGGUCCCAACAAGCAUCCACAGCAACAGGAAGGUGGCAAGAGCCAUCUUGUGCAGGACAGGAAAACCAGCAGGACAGAUCAGAGCACCCUCGUAGGACGGUGCUAUCAGCACGUCACACACAGCAACACGUGUACACCGGCCGCCAGAGGGGCUCAGAGUAUCUAGCUCUCCCACACCAGGGAAGGCCUUUUGCAUACUCCCUACUGGGGCAGUUGGAAUUUAAAGCAGGAACACACGAUUUCCACCCAUCCCACCCCACCCGGUCCUGCUUGCCCUCUGGAGUUAACCCAGCCUCUCCCCCUAGCAGGGGAACUAGAUGCUAGAAUAUUUUGCCAUUAUCAUAAGUGUUGGCUAGGAGUGUUGCUUUUGUGAACCUGAGACCAAAGCCCUAGCAGGGCUGGAGUUAUGCCAGCAAGAGUCCCCGAGCUACGCUGGUGAGAGCUCUCUCGGCAAAAGGAGGCGCUGCCUGUAUAGGCAGUAUCUAUGCUAGGAGCGUUUGCUGGGCCUGUAUUAAGUGACAGCUCUGUUCCUGCCACUCAGCCCAUUUACCACACGAAUCCCAGGACAGUUGCUGGCUUUCUUGGCCAAGGCAGAGUCUGCAGGCCCCAGCAUGGAAUUCAGACAGGAUACAGGUCUUGGGCAGGCUCUCUGCAAAAUACAGGAAUUGGCCAACUGCUUGGUCCCAACCACUUAGAACAGGCUUCUCUUCUGGGUGAAGCCUCCCCUAGGGAAGGAUGCUGCAGGAGCAGACACUGCUGUUCCAGUGAAGUCAAAGCAGGCAGCAGUUAGAGCCUGCAUAGGCGAGAGGGGAGAUGGCAGCAACAGGAAGAGGCACUUGGCACUAGCCAGAGCUACGGGUAGCUCCAUGUUUCACUGCUUGAGGCAGGCUUGGGUUUGGGGCUGCAAACGCUACCUAAUGGACACCACAAACCGCUCGAAAGGCACAUGGAGUUCGUCAUUUGAAUAUGCCCUUUGAUUGUCUCUAAGCACCAGAAUUCAGUUGCUCAUUAAAUUUCACUACAGUGCAGGUUACCAUACGAACGGCCAGACCAAAGGUCCAUCUAGCCCAGUAUCCUGUCUGCUGACAGUGGCCAGUGCCAGAGCCCCA